AUGACAUUACCAGAUCCAAUAUGGUAUUUGUUUAUUAAAUUAGGUUACAUACCUGAUUAUAAAAAAAAACAAAAAGGCAAUACUGAUACAUCUAUACAAAAAUUUACUUCAUCAGCUUCAUUAUUUUUAAUAUCAAUAUCUUAUAAAGUUGAUCAUAUCACAAAAUCAGAAUAG